CAUACGGACAGGAAAACGGGCGCAUCUUUGUCGGAAACGUCCGUCAACGAACACGUUCCUCCCUUUUUCCGCGUGUAGCUGCUUGAGUAUGGCUUCACGUAAAGAGUCUACUACAGCAUCUAGCGUCGUGAUGGCUUCUACCAGCGGCACGUUGGACUCUCCUGUCAAACAGAUCCAGAUUGAGGGACUGGUGGUGCUGAAGAUUAUCAAGCACUACCAGGAAGAGGGCCAGGGCAGCGAGGUGGUUCAGGGCGUCCUGCUGGGCUUGGUAGUCGAGGACCGACUGGAGAUCACCAACUGCUUCCCCUUCCCCCAGCACACCGAGGAUGAUGCGGACUUUGAUGAAGUCCAGUACCAGAUGGAGAUGAUGCGUUCUCUACGUCACGUCAACAUUGAUCAUCUUCAUGUGGGCUGGUACCAGUCCACCUACUAUGGCUCCUUUGUCAGCCGAGCGCUGCUCGACUCCCAGUUCAGCUAUCAGCACGCCAUCGAAGAGUCUGUUGUGCUCAUCUAUGACCCUAUAAAGACGGCACAAGGCUCCCUGUCCCUAAAGGCCUACAGGCUUACCCCCAAACUCAUGGAGAUCUGCAAAGAGAAAGAUUUCACACCUGAGGGUUUGAAGAAGGCGAACAUUGGCUUCGAGCAUAUGUUUGAGGAGGUGCCUAUUCUCAUCAAAAACUCCCACCUUAUCAACGUGCUUAUGUGGGAUCUGGAGGACAAGUCCACGGUCGCCGACAAGCACGAACUGCUCAACCUCUCAAGCAGCAACCAUUUGGAGAAGAGCCUUCAGCUUCUGAUGGACAGGGUGGAUGACAUGAGCCAAGACAUUGUCAAGUAUAACACCUACAGCCGCAACCUGAGUAAGCAACAGCAGCAGAAGCACCAGUACCUCCAGCGGCGGCAGCAGGAGAACACCCAGCGACAGAGCAGAGGGGAGACCCCGCUGCCUGAGGAGGACAUCAGCAAAAUGUUCAAGCCCCCUCAGGCUCCACCACGCAUGGACACGCUGCUUAUUGCAGGACAAAUUAACAACUACUGCCAGAACGUGAAGGAAUUCACCUCGCAGAACCUCGGGAAGCUGUUCAUGGCGGAGGCUCUCCAAGGCCACAACUAGAGGAGAGAAACUGGGUGAAAGAAUCUGCAAGGGAGGGAAACGGCGCACAGAGGAGGGAUAAAGGAAGGAAACCGAGAAACGAAACCACCUUGAAGACGACUGGAAAAACAUGGCGCCUUUAUUUGUUUUCUAAGGAUUUAUUCAUUGUUUUUAUGCCUGGCUCCAUCUUGGAUACAAAAUUAUCUUUGAAGAUCACUUGAUUUAAAUAAAAGUCUUGCAUCUCUAAA